CCACGACUGCGACGACAUCGUCCAAUGGGCUACUGUUCGGCAGAAACAUAUACACACAUCCCUACGCAACAUCAUCGAACUAAGCUACCGCUACUUGCUACUUAGCAGGCUACAGCCGCCCAGCACAUUCACUCACUAACUCACCAGCGACGAGAUAAUCUGUCGGCAUAAAUUGGAGCUUCUGGUCCAUAGCAACGGCGAAGACCCACGCAGAACAACGUCGAUUCCACGCGCCGGACGACAUUCGACAUGCACCAUACCCUGCAAUAGCAUUGACAUACCAGAUCGUCGCGCCGAAUCGCGAAUAUGGCCAUGGCCGGCGACCUCCCUCACUUUCCGUGCUGGUGCAAAGCAACAUAUUCAUGGGGAGGUGAGACGAAGAAAGACCUGGGCUUUAUCGAGGGCGACUUGAUCGAAGCGCUGAAUGCGGGAGAUGGCUCAUGGUGGAUGGGAAGACUGAGGCGCGAUCCUCGAGCGAUCGGCCUGUUUCCCUCCAACUUCGUGACCGUGCUAGAGGAGUCGUUCACGCCAGCGCCCAACAGUCGAAACACAACGCCAGUCACCCAGCAGCCGAAGCACAGUAUUUCCAAAGGCAAGGUCGGAUUCCGGAAACCAUACCAGGCGUACGAGGUUUUGGGGAAGCGGGGCAGCUUGGACAACAGUAAAGAGGCCACACCGGAGAGCGAGGUUGAGAAGAAGAAAGAGAAGAGCAAGUUCAAGCCAUAUUCGAGCAUGAAGACUGCACAGGCGCCCACGGGCACCGUUCGCAGACAGAACGGCGUCGCAGUGAUACCCAAGGACGAUGGUCCACGCAUCCCAGAACCAGUGCCGAGAUACAAUGCGUCGCGCCGUCCACGGAGUCCUCAGCCCGGCCACGAUAGAUACAAUGUGUCGCAUUCUGCUUCCCCAACGCCAACACCCGCACCGAUGCACCCCGGUUAUGGAUCGUUUCGCGCGGCUUCGCCUCAACCGGCACAGCAUGCGCCUCUUCGAACACGGUCGCCUUUACCCACCACUUAUCACGAUGGGUCUGCUUACCCACAAGUACUGACAAUCGGUCGUCAACCUUCUCCUGCCCCGUACGAGGAGCCAGCUUAUUAUGCGAGAGCCCGAUCGCCUUUGCCAUAUGAGCACGUGCAACAGUAUUCAAGGGAGCCUUCGCCGGACCAGUUCGAUGACGACCCGCAGUCCUCUCCACCUCCACCUCCUCCAGCGCACCGCGUUGUCUAUCAGCCAAGCCGAGCGCCAUCGCUCGAGCUGGAGGACACAGUCCAUCCCGGAUACCCCGGUAAUGGCACCCAGACUCCUGUGCCGCCUUCACCUAGCGGAAGCCAUAUGACACCAUCGCCACUCCGAGCUGCCAUGAACGAUGUUAUGUCGUCGCUGCACGACAUGAGUUCAUUCACACAAUCGCCGCCUCCUUUGGAAAGAGAGAAGUCGCCGCCGAAUAUUUGGUCUCCUGAAGCAUUUGAGGAGAUCCGAUCGUCAACAAGAGAACAAUCUCGCGCGCAGUCAUCUUUGGGCUUUGCGACUCAUCAGCUAUAUGAUGAUCUCGACGUCCCCAAGUCUCUCACCCCUUCACUGAGCAAAACAGAAGGAACCAAAGUCAACACGUAUGUGGAGCGCAUGGAGCGACAACUCAGACACGCAAAAUCCUUCUCGGAGCAGGCGCCUGAACCUCCCUUGAAGGACUCGCAGUACUCGUCGAGGCCCGCAACAUCCAGUAGCGGGUCAAGUCAAGGGUCGAACAGCCGCUAUGGUCAUACGCAGCAGCAACAACCUCAAUUGAGACACCGCAAGUCAGCGUAUGAUGUGGCUUCGAAGACUCUGGACCGAACAUAUACGACAAAGACGAACGUGACGAACUCAACAGAGACAUCUUCCGCGACCCAGAGUAGCACGAGCACUCAGCUGACGAGCAGAAGUAUCAUGUCCGGAUACUCUGCAGGUGGUUUCAGCGCCACGAGUGCAGGCAGCUUGGCGCGGCGCAAGUUUGGGUUUGGCAGUCAACGAGAGAGGCGAGACAUGGGCCACACGAAGUCGACUGGGGAUAUCAAUUUUAGCACGAGGAGCAUGACGGACAGCGGCAGCGCAAUCUCAGGUCCUAGCUACCACGAAAGCCACGCUUCUUACAAUCAGCCAGCAUUGACACCAGUCGCAGACUGGGCCAAGGACCCAAUGGAAGACGCAGGUGUGCUGGGUGGGCUCAGCUCUCCGCAGGGCAAGCGAAGUGGCUUCUUCAAGCGCAUGAUACAGACGGCAAAGACCACUGCGAGGACUGGAGCUGCAAAUGCUCGGUCAACCAUUGGUAGCGCAAGUGGCAGUCGACCAGCAAGUCGAGCAGGCAGUCGCAGUCCAACAAAGAGCAUGAUCGGGAUGAACGGACCCACUGGCAUUGCUGGCGGUUUAGCUUCCCGACCGCAAACAGCAUCAGGUUCUGCAGCCAAGGAUAUGGGACUUGGAGGUGGAAGUGACUGGAUGCAAGUGCGCCGCGAUGUGAAUCGAUCGAAUUCACUGAGUCAGCGUGAGCGUGAGGACCGCGUUGAGCGCUGCGAGAUGCACGACGUUCCAGUCAUGCGUCCCAUUGACCAGCUGUACGAAUAUGUUGAAGGCGACGAAGGCCUCGAUGGACUACCUGUCUCGGAGCCGACGGACUUCAAUUUGCCGAAUCUGCAGUUGGUGGACAAGAGCACGCGCUUCAUACAGAGCGCACCGCCAAUGACAAAUGCCGCCUCACUGGCACAGAACUAUGUCUGCCGGCCGCACCGAAGCGAUGUACAAAGACUGCGGGCAAUAUUUACCUGGGUCGCUGAGCGCAUCACCUGGGAAGAUGACUUCGAAGGACAGGCUGAUACACGGAGAACUAUCCAGACGAAACGAGCUUGCAGCGAAGAAAUUGCACUACUGGUUCGCGACAUGUGCUCUGCGGUUGGCCUUCACGCAGAAGUGAUCCGUGGCUAUCUCAAAGCGCCCGGUGAGCUGCUGGACCUGGACACUAUCGCUCACCCAAAUCAUUGGUGGAAUGCAGUGAUUGUGGAUGGGGAAUGGCGCAUGAUGGACUGCGCGCUCGCGAGUCCGACACAUCCCCGCCGGACAGCAUACAGCACUGCCAGCAGUCAAGUCGCUGAGUCGUGGUACUUUCUGGCUAGGCCAAUGGAAAUAUGCUACACGCAUAUCCCUCUCCUACCUGAGCAGCAACACCUUGUGCCACCUGUUGAGCAUGAGGUGUUAAUUUCUCUCCCGUGUGCUUGUCCAGCAUACUUCCGGCACGAACUCGAGCUUGCGAACUUCGACACCAGUAUGCUACAUCUCCAAAACCUUGAGAUGGCCCAUCUGCACGUUCACGUGCCUGAAGAUGUCGAGGUCGUUGCCAUGACGGAAGCUCGAGCAUUUGCACAGGACGCAGACGGCGACUAUUUCGAAAGUGGUGAGAUCAUUACAAAGAAAGCUUUCGCGCAGGCAGAAUGGGCUGGUGGUCGCAAACGUUUCACAGUCAAGGCACUUCUGCCUGGUGAUGAUGCGCAAGGCAUGCUGAAGAUUUAUGCUGGUAAACGAGGGCUCAUGCACUCCAUCAAGGACAACCCUCAUGCCAUGGCGCUUGCUCUGCCGUUGACACACACCGGUCAGAAUCCGCCCUACGACUUUCACACGCGACACCCGACACCCCACGCUCAGCGUCACGAUCUCUACGUGUCUCAGCCGCAAUGCGCCAAGCUGACAAUGAACAAUACCUUCGUCUUCUGCGUACGCCAACACCCUUCGUCACUUUCGCGCUACUCUCCCGACACGUGGGGAUCCUCGACCACUGGAGCUGGCCGGCCUCAAUCCCCGAACCCUUAUGCGCGCCCUUCCAGCGCCAUGAGCAUGGUGUCGAUGACCACUUCCAAUCAAGGCAGUAAUUAUAGUUCCGAGAACUCGGAUCCGAUGACUGCUGCGCAGCAGAAACCGGCGAAAUUGGCGAUCCAAAGUCCAAGUCAGAAAAUUAUCCGAUUGACGAGAAAACAAGAUAACGUUACAAAGAACGUGGAAGAAGACAUGGGUCUCACGACUUUCUGGGAAACUGUAAUCAAAAUUGGAGAGAGGGGUACUUGGAGAGGUCUUGUGCUUGCGGACCGAUCUGCGAGGUGGUGUGUCUUUGCGGAAUGGGAGUGUCUUUGAUGACACGUUUGACAUGCUAGAUGGGCUUCGAUGCGUAAAGAGCAAGAGUGAGCGAGCGAUCGAUCAUUGUUUUGCUCGAAUGAUUCUUUGAUGAGAUUGGAAUGUUUGUACGUUAUGGUUGAUGGUGCAUGAGUGGCAUGAGCGUGAAUGUGAGCAUGGGUAUGGAUGCAUCGUUUUUUAUCAGCGAGUAGUUUUUUGAGCAUGGUGUUGCGGAGUCUGUUCUCACUGGUAGUCUACAUGUAAUAAACCGUCGAUCCGGU